AUGUUGUCCCUACUUUUCUUUACCACAGCGCUUGCAGCCUCUGCGUUCAACACCUCUUCGGUGUGUGGCGCUGGUUCCUCGAUCGGCACAUACACUAUCCGUGCGAACGACACCAUUUACUCCAUCGCCACCACCCUCAAUCGUGGGGUCUGUCCGCUGGCAAGGUACAAUCACUUAUCUGACCCCGAGCUUCUUUAUCCUGGCGAGGUGCUCUACAUCCCCCCUGAGGCCUGCAAUACCAACGCCAGCGACACCUCCUGUCUCCUGAGUCUCCAGGAUUCGACCACCAACGAUUGCAUCUUUGGCGGUCCCCACACAUACCGCACCUUUGCGGGUGAUACCCUCCGCAAGAUCGCUCUGGGCAAGUUCAACAUCACCCUGGAGGCUUUGGAAAGCUCUGUCGGUCGCAUGGCGGGUGUCUCAUCACCUGACGAGACCAUUGAGCCGAACACAUUCAUCAAACUCCCGCAAUGUAAUCCUAGCUCGUGUGGGAUCAAGCCCCUAGAAUAUGUUUGGGGCACGUACAAGGAUCUAGCGGAGGAAUACGGAACCACGCCGGGGCAGAUCUUUGCUUUGAAUCCGACGUUUAAUCAUAGUUCUACGGGACCGGGGGUUGGGGGAUGGAUUACGUUGCCAGUCAAUUGCGGACUAGAGGAGGAGACGUAUACAGUUGUUUCUUAA